AGCAACUGUACUACGCCAAUGCGGGAUUUUAUCACAGGAAAAAAGUGUUACAGUUACACAUUUGUUGGAGUUUCUGCAUCACGAAGUUGCUCGACAUGGCUAAGAAAACCUGUGAUGCGCAGACUGUAAGGGAAAACACCAAUGAAAUGAGGCUGGCAAGCAUUUCCUGCAUGACAGAGGUUGUCUGUCUUGCUUGUUUCCCAUCAGAGUGUGUAACUGUAACACUUUUUUCUCACGAUAGAUUUUUCAUCGGCCUUAUGUUCACCGUGAUAGGUAUGCGGAUUUCGCGGUUCCUUGCCUGGGUGGGGUUUCUGAUGGCAAUCGCCUGCGGAAUCCAGGUUGUCUUGUUCGGGUGUUUGUACCUUAAAUACGGCUGGCGAGAAGAACGACCCAGAAUAACCAUCACGGAAAGACCGCCAUCCAUGUAAGUGCAACAGUAAGUUGUUUAAGCGAUGAUCUACUUCUAGGGAUGUUUUCGAUGGACCCUAGUAGACAUAAGCAGAAAAUGUUGCAUCGAGGGUAACGGAAACGCAUUGUCUUCAUUUUGUGUCACUACUGGUUUUCCAUGAAAAAGGACGCCCACGGCUCGAGCUUGUUCUUGUUAAAGGUGAUUUAUUAUGUUUCCACAUAUUUUCACAGGAUGGACCCACGGCUGCAGCAGCCGACGGUGAUUUACAUGCAGGAUACUGGCAGUGGGCCGGUGGUGGUCGCGCAGGUGCAGAGCGGGCAAAUUCCACCCAACGCGGGUUUUGGUGGUAGCACGACGGUGGGGCAGCCAAUGUAUAACUACAACCAGCAACCUUUUCCGCCGGGCGGUAUGAUGCAGCAGCCAGGUUACGCUGGUAACUAUCCGAACAACAUGCAGCCUCUACCGACGCAAGGUGUAGUACCCGGGGGAGCGCAGCGACCCGCGCAAGGGCAUCCGGCAUACACGGAAGUAAGUUGAGCGUCGUGGAUCAAGUUCGCCUGCUUGCAACUGCUCGCAUUACGCAAGAGCGCGGUGAUGUCUACAGAGAAGCUCAUGCCGGCACCAGAUCUCGGAGAAAGACACUUUUCACCAGGAACGGCGAAACCGUAGACGAACUUUAUUUGGGAAGAGAUGAACCGGAGGGGGAGUUGAACCUAGCGUUGGAUCUGGAACCCGGGUGUUCUCGACCUGCCAUGUCGAAGUACAGGGGAAUAUGGUCGCUGUGGCGACUGUGACGAGGAAGGUAGCAACUUCGUAGGCUUGCCGAUGCAAGAACGGGUGCACUACAAUAGCAUCGCUGGAGAUGAUGUUGAAGUAAGUGUGCGCGCUGCUGCAAUUUUUUUUUUGCGGUCGGUCCCCGCAGGACACCACGAACCAACGUUGGCAACAGGCACUAGAACAGCUAAGCUGCUGCAAGAAAAAAAACAAAUUGUACGAUCGCAGGGAAAAAGCGCAAAUAAUGUCGUAGAAAUUUAUAUAUGAUGUAUCUGUUGUUUUCAUACUUGAGAACUUUCCCCGAGCGUUUCUGCUUUGAAGGGGCGCGCCGCAGGGACAUUUUUAAUGUUCUACCCUUAAGGGUUUUUCGGUCGUGCUUUCUGUCGGUCCUCG